GGCACUUUGAUAUCUUAACAUAUCAUUUUUAAAAUGGCGCCAACAAAGCAUGUUCGAUGUAUUGAAGCUCUUAAGCAUUUGGAAAUGCUAAAACAACUUUAUAAAGAGGAGGAAAAAAGAAAAAAAGCCGCGGUUUUGGGUGAACCCAUUUUUAAUGCAGAGGGAACUUCACGACUUGGAAGCAAACCUUUUAAAAAACAUUUUAUGGGAAGAUGGUACCGACUUCAACAACUUUUGCAGGAUGUCCAUUGACCAAUUCAAUGAGGUUCAUUCACUGGUGGAUACUAAAAUUAAAAAAAGUGAUACAAGGAUGAGAUGUGCCAUUACAACAAGAGUUCGCCUAGCUAUAACUUUGCGCUACUUAGCGACUGGCGAUUCGUUUCGUUCUUUGGAAUUUCUAUCACACAUAUCACGAAAAACAAUAAGCAAAUUUUUGCCAGAAGUUUUGGAAGCAUUGACUGAAGCACUUCAGGAGGAAUAUUUAAAGACACCUACAACAGAAAAAGAGUGGUUGGAUGUUGCAAAUAAUUUUGAAUCUCUUUGGCAGUUCCCGCACACUUUAGGAGCAAUUGACGGAAAGCACAUUCGGUUAAAAGCGCCUCCAAAUUCAGGUUCCGACUAUUUCAACUAUAAAGGCUAUUUUAGCGUGGUUUUGCUUGCUGUUGUCGAUGCUCACAGUCGUUUUAUUUAUGUGGAUAUUGGGGCAAACGGCAGGGCAUCUGAUGUUAUGGUGUAUAAAAACUGUUCUUUAUAUAAUGCGUUGUUAAAUAACCAGUUAAAUUUACCUACUGAUAAUCCUUUAUGUGGCCAAGUUUGCAAAACACCCUAUUAUUUUAUCGGCGAUGACAUUUUUGGGUUAAGUCGGCACUUGAUGAAAGCCUAUAACCGAAGUUCAAACCUUACCACGUCGCAGGAGGCGUAUAAUUAUAGACUAAGCAGAGCACGAAUGACUGUGGAAAUGGCUUUUGGCAGGCUGGCUGCGCGUUUUCGUAUCUUUCACAGGCCAAUAGAAGUUUCUUUAGAAACAUGUGAUGCUCUUAUAAAAGUUUGCUGCGUUUUACACAAUUACCUGACACGAAAACUGAUUCAGCCUCCGAGUCCUCAGGAUGAUUGCUCUGCUCAAAGCCUUCCACAGACAAUUUCCAGUUUACCAGUACAAGAACAUGACACAUACAAAUACUCCUGCAAAAUUCGAGAUAACAUAUGCAAAUAUUGUGUAACCGACGGGGAUGUUUCAUAUCAGUGGAUAAAAAUAAAAAAACAAGUCGCAAAGUAAAAAGUAAAAAUUGCUUGUUCAGAAAGUAAAAACGUUAUUUUAAAUUUCAUAUUAGGAAAGUGGUUUCCGGUAUUGGUACUGGUAUUUUUAGAUCAGAAUUUUUUAGAAAUAUUUCGGGUAUGCAGUUUUGUAGCCCAUUAUAAUAAAGUACAAGUUUCAAUAAGCAAAAAUUAUGCGUUCAAUAUAUCGCAUGAACAAAAGCAAUUUUUAUAUGGAAGAAAAUGCUAAUAUUUCUAAAAAAUUCUGAUCUAAAAAUACGAGUACCAAUACCGGAAACCACUUUCCUAAUAUGAAAUUAAAAAUAACGUUUUUACCUUCUGAACAAAUAAUUUUUAGGCAAAAAACAAAACCGACUUAAAUUCUCAUUCAAAAAUUUAAUAGUACCGUUAAUUUCUUCAUGACCGCUAUAUACCAUCGCACCAAAAUUAGAGAUAUUCUUGUUGGUCUUUCCUAUUAACAACACAGAAAAAAACAUUUAACCACAAUAAGCAAUCACAUCGCCUUCAAAAUCUCAAUCUAAUAGGUUUGUUUUAAAUUUUUUUAAACAUUUUAUUUUCAUACAAAUUCAUCAAAAAGUAACGAUAAAUAAAAACUUAACUUUAACGAAUAGAAAAGUGAAUUGUAAGUGGAUGUGUUAAAUGUAAUGCAAAUAUGUAUGCAUAUAUUAACUAAAAUAAAGUUUUCUUAAAUGCUAUUUUAUAAUUACACUGGGUGACAGUGUAAAUUAACAUGGAUCGUAACAUACACCCCCGACAAACGAUAGCACAUCAUUUAUAAUUUUUGUACAAAGUCUGAAAAUUAGAUUUAAAUGGUAUUUGUUAGAUAAAGAGCUAUACUUUUAUAGAAAAAUAAUGAACCUUAAAUAAUCAAAAGAAAAGUAGUCAAAACGUGUAAAAAUGGUGAUGUGCUAUAUUUUGUCGCGGGGUGUAGGAUCUACUCAAGUAAUAAACAACUGUAACAUGUGAAAAAUACAUAUAUGUAUAUAUAGCAUGUAUAGUCAUGUGAAAAAUAAUAGGGACAGGGCCUUUUGGACCAGUUUUGGCUAUUUUUCUUUUGAUUGUUCAAUGUAACAUAAUUGAUUAUCAAACAAACACCAUAUAAAUCCAAAUUUCAAACUUUAGAGGA